CAAUCUCAACCUACAACACAACAAUGGCUUCUGAGAUCACCGAGCACGACCAAAACGCGUCGCCUUCCGUUCACGACGACGGCACUGGCAAUGGCGCACUCACCGCCGCCGAUGCCAAUCGAGGAACCAAACGCCCUCGACCGACUGCCGACGACGAUGAUGAUGACGAUGACAAGCCCGGUCGCGAGCGUAGGAAGAUUGAGAUCAAGUUCAUUCAGGAUAAGUCGCGUCGCCACAUCACUUUCUCGAAGCGAAAGGCUGGUAUCAUGAAGAAGGCCUACGAAUUGUCCGUCCUCACUGGCACCCAGGUGCUUCUGCUCGUGGUCUCCGAAACAGGUCUCGUUUACACCUUCACAACGCCUAAGCUGCAACCUCUUGUCACGAAGCCCGAGGGCAAGAACCUCAUCCAGGCCUGCUUGAAUGCACCCGAACCCUCGUCUGGCGACGCCAACGGCGUCGAUGAUAACCCCGUCGAUUCUCCCGAGGAUAGCCAUGCCCAGGUACCGGCUGGCCGACCUCAAGGUAUGCCAGGCAACCAGGGCAUGCCUCCUGCCUACAUGACCCCCGAGGCCGCGCUCCACUACCAGUCCUACCUCCAGCAGCAGCAACAAUCAAACCAGUACCCAGGCAUGCCCCCGCAGGGUGGUAUGCCUCGUCACCCGGGUCACCAGUACCCCCAGGACCAGAAGCUCAGUUAAACAAGUACGUAUGGAUUCCCCGAAUCCACAACCCGUCCUUGCAAGGGGCGGGUGGCGCA